GUUAUAAGAUGGCGGCGCUGAGCGGCGGCGGCGGCGCGGAGCAGGGCCAGGCUCUGUUCAACGGGGACAUGGAGCCCGAGGCCGGCGCCGCGGCCUCUUCGGCUGCGGACCCGGCCAUUCCCGAGGAGGUGUGGAAUAUCAAACAAAUGAUUAAAUUGACACAGGAGCAUAUAGAGGCCCUACUGGACAAAUUUGGUGGGGAGCAUAAUCCACCAUCAAUAUAUCUGGAGGCCUAUGAAGAAUACACCAGCAAGCUAGAUGCCCUCCAACAAAGAGAACAACAGUUAUUGGAAUCCCUGGGGAAUGGAACUGAUUUUUCUGUUUCUAGCUCUGCAUCAACAGACACCGUUACAUCAUCUUCCUCUUCUAGCCUUUCAGUGCUGCCUUCAUCUCUUUCAGUUUUUCAAAAUCCCACAGAUGUGUCACGGAGCAACCCCAAGUCACCACAAAAACCUAUCGUUAGAGUCUUCCUGCCCAAUAAACAGAGGACGGUGGUACCUGCAAGGUGUGGAGUUACAGUCCGGGACAGCCUAAAGAAAGCACUGAUGAUGAGAGGUCUAAUCCCAGAGUGCUGUGCUGUUUACAGAAUUCAGGAUGGAGAGAAGAAACCAAUUGGCUGGGACACUGAUAUUUCCUGGCUUACUGGAGAGGAAUUGCAUGUAGAAGUGUUGGAGAAUGUUCCACUUACAACACACAACUUUGUACGGAAAACUUUUUUCACCUUAGCAUUUUGUGACUUCUGUCGAAAGCUGCUUUUCCAGGGGUUCCGCUGUCAAACAUGUGGUUAUAAAUUUCACCAGCGUUGUAGUACAGAGGUUCCACUGAUGUGUGUUAAUUAUGACCAACUUGAUUUGCUGUUUGUCUCCAAGUUCUUUGAACACCACCCAAUACCACAGGAGGAGGCCUCCUUAGCAGAGACUACCCUUACGUCUGGAUCAUCCCCUUCUGCACCCCCCUCCGAUUCUAUUGGGCCCCCAAUUCUCACCAGUCCGUCUCCUUCAAAAUCCAUUCCAAUUCCACAGCCUUUCCGACCAGAUGAAGAUCAUCGAAAUCAGUUUGGACAACGAGACCGGUCCUCAUCAGCUCCAAAUGUGCAUAUAAACACCAUAGAACCUGUCAAUAUUGAUGACUUGAUUAGAGACCAAGGGUAUCGUAGUGAUGGAGGAUCAACCACAGGUUUAUCUGCCACGCCCCCUGCCUCAUUACCUGGCUCACUCACUAAUGUGAAAGCAUUACAGAAAUCUCCAGGACCUCAGCGAGAAAGGAAGUCAUCUUCAUCCUCAGAAGACAGGAAUCGAAUGAAAACACUUGGUAGACGGGAUUCAAGUGACGAUUGGGAGAUUCCUGAUGGGCAGAUCACAGUGGGACAAAGAAUUGGAUCCGGGUCAUUUGGGACAGUCUACAAGGGAAAGUGGCAUGGUGAUGUGGCAGUGAAAAUGUUGAAUGUGACAGCACCCACACCUCAGCAGUUACAGGCCUUCAAAAAUGAAGUAGGAGUACUCAGGAAAACUCGACAUGUGAAUAUCCUACUCUUCAUGGGUUAUUCAACAAAGCCACAACUGGCUAUUGUUACCCAGUGGUGUGAGGGCUCCAGCCUAUAUCAUCAUCUCCACAUCAUUGAGACCAAAUUCGAGAUGAUCAAACUUAUAGAUAUUGCACGGCAGACUGCACAGGGCAUGGAUUACUUACACGCCAAGUCAAUCAUCCACAGAGACCUCAAGAGUAAUAAUAUUUUUCUUCAUGAAGACCUCACAGUAAAAAUAGGUGAUUUUGGUCUAGCCACAGUGAAAUCUCGAUGGAGUGGGUCCCAUCAAUUUGAACAGUUGUCUGGAUCCAUUUUGUGGAUGGCACCAGAAGUAAUCAGAAUGCAAGAUAAAAACCCAUAUAGCUUUCAGUCAGAUGUAUAUGCAUUUGGGAUUGUUCUGUAUGAAUUGAUGACCGGACAGUUACCUUAUUCAAACAUCAACAACAGGGACCAGAUAAUUUUUAUGGUGGGACGAGGAUAUCUAUCUCCAGAUCUCAGUAAGGUACGGAGUAACUGUCCAAAAGCCAUGAAGAGAUUAAUGGCAGAGUGCCUAAAAAAGAAAAGAGAUGAGAGACCACUCUUUCCCCAAAUUCUCGCCUCUAUUGAGCUGCUGGCCCGCUCAUUGCCAAAAAUUCACCGCAGUGCAUCCGAACCCUCUUUGAAUCGGGCUGGCUUCCAAACAGAGGAUUUUAGUCUGUAUGCUUGUGCUUCUCCAAAAACACCCAUCCAAGCAGGGGGAUAUGGAGAAUUUGCAGCCUUCAAGUAGCCACACCAUCAUGACAGCAUCUACUCUUAUUUAAGUCUUGUGUUCGUACAAUUUGUUAACAUCAAAACACAGUUCUGUUCCUUAACUCUUUUUAAAGAUAAAAAUUUUCAAUGCAUAAGCUGGUGUGGAACAGAAUGGAAUUUCCCAUCCAACAAAAGAGGGAAGAAUGUUUUAGGAACUAGAAUUCUCUGCUGCCAGUGUUUCUUCUUCAACACAAAUACCACGUGCAUACAAGUCUGCCCACUCCCAGGAAGAAAGAGGAGACCCUGAGUUCUGACCUUUUGAUGGUCAGGCAUGAUGGAAAGAAACUGCUGCUACAGCUUGGGAGAUUUGCUCUGGAAAGUCUGCCAGUCAACUUUGCCCUUCUAACCACCAGAUCAAUAUGUGGCUGAUCAUCUGAUGGGGCAGUUGCAAUCACCAAGCCUCGUUCUCUUUCCUGUUCUGGGAUUUUGUUGUGGAGCUCUUUCCCCUAGCCACCACUGGUUAAUUUCUGAGGGAUGGAACAAAAAUGCAGCAUGCCCUUCCUGUAUGGUGCAUGUUCAGUCCUUGAUAAAUUUUUACCAAAAUGAAGCUAUUUUAUUUAAAUGGAGGGUGAGAGAUGAGGAGGUAGGUUUUGGUGUAGAGGAAAAGGGAAUGCUGCAUCUUUUUCCUGACCUGCUGGGUCUCUGGCCUUUGUUUCCUCGCUCACUCAGGUUCUGCCUGGCGGGCAGACUGGAAGCUCUGGCGCACAUUGCCUUCUUUUCCCAUUGGGUCCAGCAAUGAAGACGAGUGUUUGGGGAUUUUUUUUCUCCACGAUGUAGCAAGUUCUCAGGAAAAUACAAUUGAUAUCUUCCUCCUAAGCUCUUCCAGUCACCAAUUACUUAUGUGGCUACUUUGUCCAGGGCACAAAAUGCCUGUAUCUAAUUAAAAGCCUACAGAACUGCUUGAUAACAGUUUUGAAUGUGAGACAUUUAUAUAAUUUAAAUGUAAGGUACAAGUUUUAAUUUCUGAAUUUCUUCUAUUAUAUUUUUAUUAAAAACAAAAUAAUUUUCAGAUUUAAUUGAAUUGGAAUAAAAUAAUACUUCCCACUAGAAUUAUAUAUCCUGGAAAAUUGUAUUUUUGUUAUAUAAACAACUUUUAAAGAAAGAUCAGUAUCCUUUUCUCUACCUAAAUAUAUGGGGAGUCUUAGCAUAAUGACAAAUAUUUAUAAUUUUUAAAUUAAUGGUACUUGCUGGAUCCACACUAACAUCUUUACUAAUAUCUCAUUGUUUCUUCCAACUAACUCCUGCACUACAUCCUACAUUUUCUUUCUAGUCUUUGAUCUAGCAUAUGCAACCUCAAAUAAAAAUGGUGGUGUCUCCAUUCAUUCUCCUCCUUCCUUUUUUCCCAAGCCUGGUCUUCAAAAGGUUGGUUAACUUUGGCAGCCGAGUCCCCCAGGCAGAGAAUAGAGCAAUUUUAGGUGUAUUGGGACUGAGGGAGGAUGUGAAAAGCCUGACAUCAGUUGUUUUUAUAGAAAGAACUGCUGUGGUAUUAAGAACUUGUUCCUUAUCUUUAUAAAUGGGGAAUAUAACCUAGUCAUAACUUCCCUUGACCUUUACUGAAGUGUGGUAUAAAUCACAGUAGUAGCAAAGAAAGUGACUCUGGAUGUAUUAAUGGCAAAUACCCCCCUUAUCAUGAAUCUGGACUCUUAUCAAGAUUUAGGAAUGUAAAUCAAACGUACCUAGCCCAACCAAGCUAUGUAGUGAAGGACCUGAAAGAAAUUAGACAGGACCUAGAAAAUAAAUCAGGGAAUUAGAAAUUAUUUAAAGUUUUCAAAUUGUAAAUUGCCCCGCUAUUUUUCAGCCUAUUAAAGCUUACUGUCAUUAGAUGAUUUCUUGCUACGUUACCUAUAUUCAGAGGAAGGCCUGUUGAAAAUUCCAUGGACUUGUAAAAGAUUGUCCCAGUAAAAUGGGAAAUAAUCCUCAAGUUAUUAACGAGUUUGAAAAGCAGCGUGUUCUUUAGUCUUUCGUGAGCAGAGCAGUAUCU